AUUCUUUUUUUAUUUUUUGGUAACUCAGGCUAAGCCUGCCUCGAUGGUUUGCAGCCCUGGAGGGCCAAACUAGGUUUUUUGGAAUAAGCUAGGAUGGUCUGGGGGUGCAUUGCACCGCUCAUUGUGGUUCAUAUGUCACAAGGGCAGGUUGGGGUUCAGUUUUGAGUUGGUCCAAAGAGAUGAGGGCAGGCGUGAAGUGGGGUGCAAAGGAGAUCCCUUGGCUGGAUCCCUUGGCUGGAUCUGUUCUUCAGACACACCAGGGAUGCCCCCAUAGAGAGAAAUUAACUAUAUUCCACCUCAUGAGCAUCCUUCAUCAUCAUCAUCAUCAUCAUCAUCAUCAUCAUUAUUCUCUUUUUCCUUCUCCCCCUCCUGUUCCUUCCCCUUCCCUUUCUUUUUAAUUUCCUUUCCUUCAAUUCUUUCUCCUUUUCGUUCUUUUUUUCCUUCCUUUCCUUUUUUCCCCUUUCCUGCAUCUGAUCCUGGCAAACCAUUUGCCACCCUCGCCAUCUUUUGGCCUCCCCGAGGGGAAGUCUUCCAGCAAAAUCUGAUUAAAAUGGCUCAUUUUCAAAAUCUGGACUGUUCACAUCUUCCUUUCUUUUCUCUUUUGGGAAAGAAAGUUCUACUUCUAUACCCACUCCCUUCCCAAAUAAUCCUUAUCCCUCAGGACUCCCAGAAAGGACCUGGGUCCAUUCUAUCACAAAAAAGGAUUUUUAUGGGGAGCCACAAUUGGAUGUUAUUUCCUUUCUGGGCUUCCAUUUGUAGCGUUCAAGAAAGUUAACCAAAAUUUAAUUUUUGGAUGGGCUCAUGACUGCCAUUUGAUUAUUAUAGAGUACCUCCCCAAACAGAUCUAUUCCCUGCGCCCUCUUACGCUCUCGUAAUACAUAAUGCCAUGUAAAUCCUCACUUUUCUGUUGUUUCUGGAGAAUCUCUUUCAAGAAGCUUCACUGCCAUUUUGAAUCCCUGAAUUCUCUUUUCUUUUACCAUGCCUGUGUUUUCCCCACCGUUGAUUGGUUGAUUUUCAUUAUUUAUUUAAAACAUUUAUAUAGCUGGUUUUCUUCUCCACUGUUCUUCCCAGUCAGCUCAGGAUUCCUAGUUACCUGUCUUACCAAGAUGGCAUUUAAUAAUUUUUAUUCCUCCCAUAAGAAAUGGCAAUAUCUGUUUCCAACAGAACAAUUGCGAUAUGUAUUUUAAUCUUUCUUAAGUGUUGCUCUCUCUGGUGCUUUGACCAAAUCCUGUUUUUGGAAAAAAUCUGUACCACUUGUGAUCUCCUCUUUGGAGUGCAGCUUGGUGUCUGGAAUGAGUUUGACAGCUGAUGUUGUAGUCUUGAGUUGAGGCCCUUGCUACAAGUAGGCAUUAGGCGUAUGAGUUCUGUAGGCCUUUCCAUUUAGCCCAUGCAAGAAAAUAGAGCAUUCUUUUCUAUUUAAUUCCAAAAUGGAGUAUACCACUCAGGGGACAUUUCCUGUGUUUUAGGGUUCUCUUCUCUCCCUGAGGAACUCUUGCCUCCUAAUUCCUUUACUCCAUUGUAUAUGCAGUUUGCCCUUUCUAUAGCUGUGUUUUUCAAUCUUAGCAAGUAUGCUGGCUGGGGAAUUCUGGGAGUUGAAGUCCGCACAUCUUAAUGUUGCCAGGGUUGAAAAACAUUGUCUUAAAAGAUGUGGGACCAAAUAGGGCGAGUUUGCUCUGAGGAAAUGCAAGCAAACAGCAACAAUUUCAAACAUAAUUGUGAUGACAGAAGAAAACGCAAUAACUACACCAACACACUUAAAGAAUUGGCUCAGAUGUUACCCAUACCACUACGGACCAGUUGUAAGAGGUUGACAAAGAAAGAGAUCCUGCUCCGAGUCCUUCGCUACAUUGAACAUCUGCAGACAAGCAUCAAUAGAGCCAGGUCACUGCUCCAAGGUCGUGGUGAGGAACAAAAAGCAGUUGGACCUCAGCAAGUGGUGAUACCUGCCCCAAAGAGAGAGCGCAGAGAAGUCACACCACGGGCAAAAAAUCCCAAGCCCCUGGGCGUCUACAAGAAACCCAGAAAGAGGAGACGGACCCGCAAAUCAGAUCGGCGUGUUGGUGUGAACAGGAAAGUGUGCAAGUACCUUGCUCUGGAGGCUGGAAAGGACUCUGCCCAUGCUGUCUCACACCCAGAGGAAGAGAGUCUGCCUGAUGUGGGAGAUGUGUCUUCUAUACUUUCAUCCUUCCAGAAGCAAUCAACUUCCUUUCCCAAUUUUAAAGUUCCAUUACUAGAGCCUAACCAGCCUGCAAACACUAAUCUUCUGGAUCUCACCAAAAUUGGAGUCCCGUUUGAUCCCGCAGGCUGGAAUUUUGAUGGUGACCAGGAAUAUAAGGAUGAGAAUACAUUUUGUAUGUAUACAGCACAAAUGGCUUACAAUAAACUGCAUCAAUAUAGUGGGGGCCCUGGACACACAUUGGUGAGACAAGAGCUCGUGCACUACCACUCCUCUUGUGAAGAAGAGGAGGAAGAAGGACCCAAAGCCAAUCCUUGGCUCUCCAUCCAGUCCCCUUUGAAGUUCUCCAACAUGGGAAGCAUGCAGCUGUGUUCCCCUGGGAUUGGAACCCGAAGCCACAGCUGUACUGAUUUGGGGUUGAGCCCUUCGCUUUUCUCCUCUCCUGCUCGGCUACUCCCCCCACACGUUCUCCAAGGUGUUCAGGAGGAGCUUUCUCCAGUAUUAUUUGAAGAUGUAUAUUUGUCUCCUCAGUCCAGCAAUUUUUCGCAUACCCCUGCUGGAACACUUUUGAGAAAGUCAGCAUUCACGCUGGAUCACUGUUACCUUUCCUACAGUGAAGCAGGUAAAACCGAGUCCAGCCCCAUGUCAAGAGUGAAUGAAAUAUUAUCCUCGUGGAGCGAACAAAUCCAAGAGGGAGCCCCCCUGGUGAGACCCGAAGGCCCCGGCUCCUCCAGCGAGGAGAACAGCGACUGCACCUGGACCCCCUGCCCCAGGGCCAAGGCCGCGCCAGGAGCCCCCCCGAGGAAGAAGAACAAGAAGAAGCAGAAGCAGAAGAAGAAGACGAUGGCCGGCAGGAGAGCCAGGCGCCCACCGGCAGGCGCCGAGAAACGCAGCAACGCCUCGUCCCCCUUGCAGCUGAAGAAGAAGUGCGUGAACGGCUUCAUCAUGUUUUGUCGCCUGAACCGCAAGCACUUCAUCCGCACUUGCCCAGGCAUGGCUUCCACUGCAGCUACAAGGGAGCUGGCCCAGCUGUGGCGUAUGAUGACAAAGCAGGAACGGAAGCCAUAUUGCAUGAAAGCUCGCCGAUUCAGCCGCCUCAACAACCGAAUUGUGAGAGACGACUUCUCCAGUGGCGAUGAGGAACCAGAACCACCCAAACCUUUCCACUUGCUGCUUGCUGAGAAAUCCAUUCCUGGCACCCAGGCAGUGGGCAACGUCUCUUUGUUAGGCUGUAUUCCAUGAUUCUUCCCCACUGUGAUGGUAAUGUAUUUCUGUUCAGUGGGCUCUGGAACCCUCUCUUUGCUGAUGAUGUUGGAACUUCCCUACCACGGUUCUGCAAUAGCGUGUGUGUCUACUUCAUUUUCAGCAAAAUAUCAAGCAAUAGAAGCUUUACUUGGUCUUGUUGAAAGGGGAAUGUAGGGGGAGUGUAGAGAAGCAACAAGGAAGGAGGCCAUUUACCCUGUUUUUCCCCAAAACAUCAGCUUUCCCCAUCUAUUUUCCUUGCUUAGCCUUGUAUCAUAUCCCACCGCCAGUAUUUCAUCUGUCAUUAUGCAUUUUGGUUUCCUGAGCAGAACGAAGACGUUGAUAGAUGGGAUGGUUUUUUCCCCAGAUUUCCAGAUGUUCCAGUCACUACAGUCCUAAAUAUAUGCUAUUCUAUUCUACCUAUGUCCAAAACUGAUUUCUAGUGACCUUGAACAAAGCAGGAUCGACUGCAGGGAGGAAACAGCAUAAGGAGAACUUCUAGCUCUAGAUGACUGGACCAUGUUGGUCUAUUUGAGAACAUGCCAAGUUUGAGAUAUUUAUAUUAACUUGUAUCCUUGAUCUAAAAGCACAAAUGCAUUUGAAAGGAUCUACUUUUAAAAAUAAUUUUAAUGGACUGGAGACAAAAAUCUAAGAUCUAUAUUUAUUGUCUAAGCUUUUAUUUGAUCUUCGUCUCCCACAGCUUUGUUCUCAGAUCCAUCAGUUUAGUUACCAGCAGUUUAGUUCCAUAUUUGGCAAGUACAAAUGAAUUUUUGAGGUCCGUAUAGGCUUGCUUGUUCCACACCAAGUUUCAGGCUUUAUUAUAUAGUAAAUGGUUUCUAGAUGUUUUAAACUUUUAACUGAGGCAAGUCCAUUUCAGAGCUUGCUCUGGAUGGCAUUGAGUUCCCACUGACCCUGUUAGGCUGGCCAGUUCCUCAAAAUCCUAAGGAAGGAAUAAUUCUGCAGGUUUGCUUUUGUUCCAGGAGAGUUAGGAAGUUUUAAAGAGACGAAACUGGUUCUGAGCUAAGGAGGAUUAAUGCUUCAUAUUGAGAAGGGAGAAUUUUGUCUUUAGGAGGAGCUUAAAUCAGACUCUUAUAUUUCUGGUUGGUUUGGAUUUUGUUUCGGUGGAAUGCUGAGUCAUCCCUUUCCUCUUUUGGACUGUGUCCUCUAUACACAGAUCAAUUUGUGUUUGAAAUACUGUUUUAAGCUUCAAUGGAUUUUUCCAUUGUUUUUACCUAUUUAUAUAUUUAUUGGUAGUUUCCCCCCCACCUCUAUUUAUAAUUAAAAUAAAAUAUGGCAGUAAAAUUAA